AAACGUCAUUUCAUUUGUUAUUGUGUUUAUGAAUAUAUAUAAAAAUGUUUUUUUUUUGUUAUGGUUUUAAUCUUGUAGGUCAUGUGACGCGAGCUAAAGGCAAAUCGUUUUUUUUCUGCAGAAGUGAAAAUGAAAGUACUUUUUAGAUCCUGGCUGCUGGUAGAAACAAGGUGAACCAAGAAAUUCAAUUGAAUAAUCAAAAUGGGAGUAUUUCAGAAAGUUGUUAUUUACUUUUAUGUGAUUGGAGUUGUGAGGAGCGUUCAGCAGAUACCAUGGCUGUCAUGUCAGUUCACUGACGAACAUGUGUCCAACAACAGUGAAGGACACAUUGAGACACAGCUCAUUCCCAGAGAGGCUAUGGUUCAGUUUGGUCUAAAAGGAGACGCUCCUGUCAAUCCCCACGCCAUCACCUUCCUGAUCACUGUUUCAAAACUGGACCUGCAGCGGUCCAUUGAAGGGGUGGAGGUAGAGGAGUUGGAGUGUGAGGUCCGACGGUACAGCACAGAGGGCAUCCAUGUCCGCUGGCCCGCCCUGGGGGCAGAGGGGUACAACCGCUGGUACACCUGCAUCCUCAGACACAGAAAGGACAAGUUCAGCGUCACUGCUUUCCUCAGACAUCCGUCUGACCAACCUCCUCCAGGACAGCAGGACUACCGCAGCUGGCCGCCCAUCGCCGACCGAGAGGUUCUUACCACCACAGUCGCCAUGUUGCUGAAAACAGAGACUCCAUCUGUGAAAGUCAGACUACGCUCGCAGCCCAAACUCCACUGUCAGUUCAGCAUCGACCACCGAGGCCCAAACGUCACCGUGGAGUGGCACUGGCAGUCCCGCGGAGAGAGAAGGAUGCUCUUCCGCUACAACAGCCGCUCCGGGGAGAUUCAUGGCUCUGGAGUUGGGAAGAAGGCCCUGGCUGGGGGAGAUGCCUCCUACACUCUCCCCUUCACCAAGAUGAGCAGCGAAGGAAGCUACAUUUGUUCUUUGACUGUGAACCCGCUUUUCGCCAACAUGGAGCUCAACCUGCACGUCGAGGAGCCUCCCCGGGUCUCCCUGAAUGUGGGUCCAACUUUGGUGCUGGAGGAGGGAAAGGAGCAGAAGGUUGUUUGCACAGCAGAGAACUACUACCCUCUGGACGUGGAGAUCCUCUGGCAUGAGCAGAACCCAGCGGCGUCAGGUCAGAGAGUUGGCGCCCCUCUGCCUCAGGAACUCAAAAACAUUCUGUUCUCCAGCCACAAACACAACCAGGACCAGACCUACUCUCUGUCGGCCUUCUUUUACCUCAAGGCUUCGCUGACGUUGUCUGGGAAGCAGUUCUCCUGCAGCGUCUCUCAUCCCUCGCUCAGGAUGCCCAUCAAGAAAAGCUUCAUCCUCCAAGUUGAAGAACCCUCCAGCCUGAUGUUUAACCUCGCUGUGGGCCUCGUUCUGAUCAGUCUGUCAGGAGUUCUUAUUAUAUUGCUGCUGUACCUGAACUCAGCAAGAAGACCAUCUAAGAUUGUAAGAAACCAUACUGAGUCGCAGUGGUGACACCUAGAGAAUGAAGGAACUGUCCGACUUCCUGCUGCCCACUGACAUCUGCACUGAUGGUUGUUUACUUGUGUGUUGGUUGUUGUUGUUUGUUUUCUGGUGAAUGUGGGUUUCUGUGAAACUUUAUUGUUAUCAUAAUUUACAGCAGUUUUCAUCUUAUUUUAGACUCUUUUUUUUGGAGUCUUGUGUUGACUCUUUAACGACAUCAAAACAUGAGGACCAAUCAGAUCCUCUAAAAAACUGUAAUGACCUUUAAUUUAACCUUCCUGAUUGUUUUUCUGUCAGCUGCUCCACUUUAAGAACAAAGAAAUCUGUCUAAUAAUCCAGUGUUUACUCCUGUAGGGCUGGAACCACAAACCUUCACGCUGACACAUGAACACAGACUGGUGUGAUUAUGAAUAUGUGAAUGUGUGAAACAGUCGGUUAAAGUGACACUAAACAGAAACUGUCCAUCAUCAGCUUCCAGAUGCUUUAAAGUCACUGUUUGUUUUUUUAAAUAAGGUUUAAGAAAUAAAAAUCCAGACCGAA